CUGUGCUGUCGCUUCCUUCAUUGGCAGGAUAAGCAGCACACUGCAAGCUACUGUGAUGGGCUGCUUUUGAAAAGACACAAAUACACUUCAGUCUUAAAUAGUGCCGAUUAAACUUAGCAGAUCCACAAGGACCGUCCGAACCUUGAAUUUAACAAUAUUUUGACAGAAUGACGAGAAAAGGUUGGGAUGAAGAGCUCUUGGAUCAUGCUGUAAAGUCACAGUAAAACACAAACUUGUUUCUUCAGUUUUACCUGAUACAUGUGUACAAUGGCAUCAAGAAAUGAAAUUCAAGAUAUUUACUGAAGCUUAGGUUAAGUGGUGAAAGCUUUGGGACCAUCAGCUCUUCUUGUAGUGGGGAGUGAGCUGGCCAUGUCAGGGGUCCCAACCCCUCCUCCUCCAGGGGAGAUGUCCAGUGGGCCUGUGGCUGAGAGCUGGUGCUAUACCCAGGUCAAAGUAGUGAAAUUUUCCUACAUGUGGACCAUAAACAACUUCAGCUUCUGUCGAGAAGAGAUGGGUGAAGUAUUGAAGAGCUCUACCUUCUCCUCAGGGCCUAAUGAUAAGAUGAAAUGGUGCCUACGGGUCAAUCCGAAGGGACUCGAUGAUGAAAGUAAAGAUUAUCUAUCGCUAUAUUUGCUACUAGUUAGUUGUCCAAAAAGUGAAGUCAGAGCAAAGUUCAAGUUUUCUUUACUGAACGCUAAACGGGAGGAGACAAAAGCUAUGGAAAGCCAAAGAGCUUAUCGGUUCGUCCAAGGCAAAGACUGGGGCUUCAAAAAAUUUAUUAGGAGAGAUUUUCUGCUUGAUGAAGCAAAUGGGCUGCUACCAGAUGAUAAACUCACGUUAUUUUGUGAGGUAAGUGUUGUCCAGGACUCUGUGAACAUCUCCGGACAGUCCAACAUGAACAUGUUGAAGGUUCCGGAGUGCCAGCUGUCCGAUGACCUGGGUAACUUGUGGGAAUGCUCACGCUUCACGGACUGCACUCUAUAUGUGGGAGGGCAGGAGUUCAAAGCCCACAAAUCCAUCCUGGCAGCGAGGUCACUGGUCUUUAAUGCCAUGUUUGAACAUGAAAUGGAGGAGAGUAAAAAGAACCGGGUGGACAUCAGCGAUGUUGAACCAGAGGUUUUCAAAGAAAUGAUGGGCUUCAUAUACACAGGAAAAGCACCAAAUUUAGAGAAAAUUGCUGAUAGUUUAUUAGCCGCAGCUGAUAAAUACGCUCUGGAGCGCUUAAAGGUCAUGUGUGAGGAAGCCCUUUGCAACAGCCUCUCGGUGGAGAACGUGGCAGACACCCUCAUCCUGGCCGACUUGCACAGCGCAGAGCAGCUCAAAGCACAGGCCAUAGAUUUUAUCAACAGGUGCAGUGUCCUCCGACAGCUGGGCUGUAAAGAUGGGAAAAACUGGAAUAGCAAUCAUGCCACGGACAUAAUGGAGACCGCGGGCUGGAAGUCAAUGAUCCAGUCUCAUCCUCACUUAGUGGCGGAGGCUUUCCGUGCACUCGCGUCAGCACAGUGCCCCCACUUCGGUCUGCCCAGGAAGCGCCUAAAACAGUCGUGACGAUGUUCCUGCUUCUCUCUUGGGCCUGUCCUGGGGCAAAAGCCAGAAAACUGCAGAGUUUUGACUCUAUCCCAUUGUCAUCCGACCUGACAGCAUGUGACUGGGACAGGCUGGCUUCUCAACGGCAGCGAAAGCUGUUCACACCCUUCCUGAGCGAUGGGUUCGGCAUCUGAGCUUUAUUUUGCGAAUCUUUCUGUCACUUCAAACAGCCUUAAACUAUCUGCCAUGACUCUUGUGUGGAGUAUUUGAAUUCUCUCAGUUCUACUCUGUGCCUGCCUUGUCCCAUGAGACCAGGCCUCUUCCCUGUUGCACUAGUUCCCAAAGUCUCGCUGUUUUAUAUGGCGCUUUCUAGGAAUGCGUCAGGAGUUCAAUCCAUGGGGAAAUAGUAUAUACUCCUAAUGUUUAGUUGUGCGACUAGACAUUAAAUAAAUGUUAACACAAUGAGUGCAAGGUAAUUUCUUUACACUUUUUGAAAAGAUAGCUAUGCCCCAUAUUGAUGGCACGAUUUCUAUGUAAAGACACAGUUUAGCCAGGGGGGGAGGAGAGAAUACUAGUACUAUUCCAUAUUGUGGGAAAAUAUGCAUUUCAGAUAUUUGUAUUGAUGUUUGUAACAAGGAAUUAUUGUUUCUGUCCUGCCCCUUGACCUGUGAUAACAUUCAAAGUGUCAUCUAUUCACAAGUUUACAAACGACUACAUUUUUGAGACUCAAUAGUGUUGCUUCCCUUAAAUUGGUCUGCCAAAUACAGACAAGUAGUUUGAAGUUGUCUGGCCCAUAAUUGCAUUUGUGUAACCUGAUUGAACUAGUCAAGACAAUCCAUCUUCGCACACACUGUCCUCUGUGAUCAGGAAAUAUUUGGAUGCUGAGCAUCAGUGUGGCAUUACUGAGUAUGUUAUAUGGAUGGACUGAUGAAUGUGUGAUUGGGAAGUACAGAAAGAUUGGUUGUCAUCGAUCUAUCAGAGUUUUGUUUUGUUUUGAGCUGUGGUGUUACAGUCGAACCGACAGUGAUUUGGGCGACUCUACAUUGUCAUGCUAUACUGACUUAUUUUGUUAAAGGACAUGUUUUGUGAAGAUGUCUGGAUUUUGUUCCAUCUUUUAAAAAAAUAUUGUCUGCGAGAAUGCCUGCAUUAACUCAUUAAAAAGGUUUUUCAGCAUUCAGUGGUGUUU